AUGUCCCCUGCCGGCAUUUUGAUCGGCAAGGUCUGGACAGACCACACAACCGGACACCAAUUUAUUACCUAUAGAGGCGCGGAAUCAGCUACUCUCCAAGCGUCUCUGCCUCUUAUUGUCACCUUUGUGGCCUCAAAAGUCUGGAACAUUGUCAGGCUGGUUUUAUGGCAUAUAUACUGGCAUAAAGGUAGCAGUGGCUUGCCUUCUCUAGGGAAGAGGCGUGCAAUAUAUUCCAAGGCUUGCUACGACCAACGCAGUAUACUCAUUCGGAACAGCGAUGGCGGCUGGACCCUUUUGAAAGACUUGGUCACCCACUACUGGCGUUGGUCAACUUUCUUCAAGGAACAUCGAACCCCUUACACAGUCUCAAUACCUUGGAUCGCACUGCCAGUCUGCCUCAUUCACUUCGCUGGAUGGACAGUAGCUGGCAUCUUGGCUAGUACAAUAUGGGCUCCCCUACGCGGCUCAUACGAUCAAGCACUCUUGACCGGCGAUUGUGGUGACAUCGCCUUUCUCAAUACCACAAGCCCGGACGAACAGUUCACUUAUCGCGCCGUCAACAAUAACUACACUAUCAGAGCUGAUGAGUAUGCAAGACAAUGCUACAUCGAUCAUAUUGACCCUACGUCUUCAUGUUCUUACUUCACGCAAAGACGAAUCGAUGUCCAGAAUGCCUCCGCUGCAUGUCCCUUCGCAGGCGACCACACCUGCCUUGUGGAUUCCAUCCCUUACAGGCUCUCGGCAACGCUAGUCGAUUCGUCAGAUAUGCUCGGCAUAAACGCCCCGGUGCAAGACAGGGUCUUCCUCACCAAACAGACAACAUGCUCCCCCGUGUCAUCACGUGGUCGUGCUGAGGUCGUCAACUACAACGAAACGACCGACCAACAGAUCUGGCCGGCUGACACGCGUCUGUAUCGGUUCUAUUAUGGAAGAAUUGGGGAAGCCAGUAGUAACGACAGCUAUGUUAGCAAUUGGACCUAUGAAUUCUCGAGCUGGAAGCCAGAGCACAACAUGCAGUAUGACAUUGCGUCAAUUCCCUAUUUUGGCGCCGCACCGUUCAACGUUUGGACUCCCAAUGUCACUUUCUGGGAUGCCAGCCGACAAGAUGCAGACGUGACACUGAUAUUUGUCAACGGCGACCAUAUCGUAUAUCGACAUCCUACCAAAGACCCGAUCUUUGCCACCGGCCAGCAGUACAUUUCCACGGCCGGUGACGUCAAUUUGACACUCUGGACGCCUGAGUACUACACAACAGUCUUAGGCUGUAUCGACCAGUAUCAGAUAUGCAACAGCAAGUAUGAUGCAAAGGCGUGUACACCACUUGUCAGCUCCUAUCGCCUGGCUCGGGAAAUAUUUAACUUGGGCCUUUCAAAAAUGCAACUUCAAACGGCCAAACGCAUCGUCAAAGCCUCUGCAGCACUCAGCACGCACUACAACGUCGACGGUCGGGGUCCAGCAGCACUCCAGGCGUCUUUGAGCGUCGCCAGCACUACACAGACCAAACAACUGCCCCCCGACCAAUGGCGGAUCGAGACCGAGCAUUGGUUCGCCACCGGUUUGGCGAAGCUCCAGCAGCUUAUUGUCGACUAUGCGGCGGCGCCGCAGAACCCAGAAGUCCGACAAGCAUUGAAGCCUCCAGCCAACUCCGCGGCCGCGGCGCAGUGCUCGUCCCAGCGCAUAAGCCUGCCCGCCGGGGCUACCAACUUCAAUCUGCUCGGGAUUGAGGUUCUGGGGAUAUUGAGUUUCAUACUAUGGAUUGCUGGCACUGUUAUAGAGUGGCUAGUCGACCGCACGCUUUUUUGGUGGGGCGAUGAACAGCGACGGCUAGAAUGGAUUGCAACUGGACCUCUUGGCCUGUCACGUCUGGGCUACCGAGCGGCGGGAUAUGGCGACGAUCAAAGCUGGAAAGGAGAGACAACAGGCAUGCCCCUAUGGCUGCCUUCCCAUCCUGACAUGCCGGACCUUGUAUUCCAGAGCGGAGCACUGCGUCUUCGACCGUCACAUGAGUUGACUGUGUUGAACAACCCUACGCCACCAUCAUCUCCACCGGCGCCUACACCGGAAACUAGACCAGCAACUCCGAGCCUGCCGCAAGCUCGCCUCCCCGUGAGCCCUCAAGCUUCGAGCAUCAAUAGCAACGCAGCGGCCCUCCCCAGUGCCGCUUCGAGACCCAUCACUUCCACACCCAUUCGUGGCAGCACAACGACAUCGUCUGUGCUCCCUCCACCAGCCCGACCAGCCCGACCAGCUGCUCAUCAACCGCAAACCCCAGCUAAUAAUUCCGCUGCUACAGUCUCCCCAGCGCAGCGACCAUCGGUGCAAGCCGCAAGCCCUUCUCCCUAG